ACCGCACCACAUCAUCCCCUCCACCUCCCGUCGUUGCGCCCGCCUCUUCUUGCAUGUUCGACGAUUUCAUGCUGCGGAGCCCGGGCAUGUCACCAUGUUACGAAAAGGCGGAUCGGCGUCGUCGAUGCAGAAGACCUACGAUGAAUGCUAUCUGAUCUGCUCCACAGCCAUCUACUUUGAAGGCCAGAACAACGAGUCUGAGGCCCUGCGGGCGUGGCGCAAUGCCCUCGAUCAGAUCUACUACCACAAUGCCUACAAAAUGCCCUCCAACUACCAGCCCCGCAGCGAGACGGAAAAGGCACUGCACGAUUCCCUCCGCUCCAUGGAGCUGCAGUGCAAAGAGCGCGUGGACUUGCUCGAGGCGCUGAGGAAGAGCAGGGUCGAGGCCGAGGAGACAGCAAAGAAUAACGGGGAGGAGCCGUCGAGGAGCAGGGAAUCGCUUGCUUCGCUGAGCAAGCCGGCCACCAAAGGAGAAGGUACGACAUGGAUGGGCGGGGACUUCGUACCUCCCGUAAGCUAUGGCGACCUGGCAAGAACCCCGCCGACCAUGCCGGAACGCCGCCCCGCGCCUCCACCGCGCCCUUCCUUCACCACCAGGCAGCCGUCGGGAAAUGGAGCAGAGCGCACGUACAGCUUUCAAUCUCCACCGUCCAUCGACACACCACCUCUACUUCCGGGCAAAGAGCGCACAAGGACGCCGAGUCCGGAGAAGAAGUCGGGGGGCAUGUUGAAGACGCUGCGGCCGAAUGGCAGCCAGAAGCCGUCAUCCAAGUCGCCAAUGGCCACAACCCUACGAACCCGGCCCCCUACGGCAGCCGCAAGGGCCGCUACCCAGGUUUGGCCGCCACGACCCAGUUCGACUGCUGAGAUGCGGACACCAAGUCACACGCCUUCGAGCUCUGCCAGCUGGGACCCCUACACACGACAGCUGGUCGACAGGACGGGGGAAGCAUCUUCCCCAAACGCUAGCAGACGCACCUCAGACAACCCUACGGUUCGCAUGCCUAGCGGUCCCGAUUUCAUGGAGCCCCAGAGGAGGAGUUUCGACCUUGACAAUCUUGGCCACAUCCGUUCAAACCCACCGCCCUACCCCGACUAUUCCACCACCAGUCCGUACGCGCAGAAAGCCUUCUCUCACAGCGAUGACUCCGUCGAGACCACAAAAGCUCCGCCACUUCCCCCGCCUCCUCCGCCUCACAGGUCCAGUCACUCGCUGAAUCCUCUCGACAAGCCGAAGUCGGCACCAACAAAUCUCUCACAACUCGACCCACCACCUUCAAUGGCGUACAUGAAGGAGUUUCCCAACCACCCACCCGCAAAGCCCCAGAAGCCAUCAACGAUGCAGUCAAGGAGGGGAGAUCAAACUUCCGACUCUGAUGGUCCACCCACUCUCGCCCCUCCCAAGACCGUUCAAGCGAAGCCAGCCCCCGCAGUCCCGCGCAAAGCCGUUGGUCGAGCUACGGGCGUGGUCAGCGCUAUUGCAGAAAGGCAAAAGUUGGACGAUGCCCAAUCAGUGUUGAAGAACCGGUUGAAAUCCGACCCGGUCACAUCGAGCAGCAGUCCCGAGACGACGCCACGCAAGCCGGCGAAACGAAAACCUGCCGAGACGAAGCCCAUUGUUGAAUCAGCGCAUACUCCACCCACUACCGACGACUCCCAAAACUCCGACGAGGAGUCUGCAUCUCCGGAGAAAGCGGCGUGGGAUCGCAAGGUGAAGCGCAUUCUGAAGAACUUGCCCAAAGGCGUCGAUGAGGCGGCGGCCAAGCAGAUCUUCAAUGAGAUUGUCAUUCAUGGCGAUGAAGUACAUUGGGAUGAUGUGGCGGGGCUGGAGAACGCGAAGAAAGCACUCAAAGAGACCGUCGUCUACCCCUUCCUGCGCCCGGAUCUAUUCAUGGGCUUGCGCGAACCGGCGAGAGGCAUGCUACUGUUCGGACCACCGGGCACGGGCAAGACGAUGCUGGCGCGCGCCGUCGCGACCGAGAGCAAGAGCGUCUUCUUCGCCAUCUCCGCCUCCAGUCUCACCAGCAAAUUCCUAGGCGAGAGCGAAAAGCUGGUCCGCGCCCUGUUCGCACUCGCCAAAGCUCUCGCCCCGAGCAUCAUCUUCGUCGACGAGAUCGACUCGCUCCUGGGCUCGCGAGGCGGCAGCUCCGAACACGAAGCCACCCGGCGCAUCAAAACGGAGUUCCUCAUCGGCUGGAGCGAUCUGCAAAAAGCCGCGGCGGGCAGGGAAGACAAGGAAGGCGACGCCAGCCGCGUCCUCGUCCUCGCAGCCACCAACCUCCCCUGGGCCAUCGACGAGGCAGCUCGCCGCCGCUUCGUGCGCAGACAGUACAUCCCCCUGCCGGAAGACUGGGUGCGCGAAGAGCAGCUCCACACCCUGCUCGCGGCGCAGAAGCACAAUCUCAAAGACCGCCAUCUCAAGGCGCUCGUGCAGCUGACGGACGGCUACAGCGGGUCGGACAUUACCGCGCUGGCCAAAGAUGCGGCCAUGGGGCCUUUGAGGAGUCUGGGGGAGAAGCUGCUGUACAUGCAGCCCGAGGACAUUCGCGGCAUUCGGAUGGAGGAUUUCGAGGCGAGUUUGGUCAAUAUUCGGCCGAGUGUGAGUAAGGCGGGACUGAAGGAGUUUGAGGACUGGGCGAGUCAGUUUGGAGAGCGAGGAGGGUAGGGUUAGUUUGGGUUUGAUUCUUGCCGUUUUGAAGCACAUGAGACUCGGGAGCGCGCGUGGAUAGAUUGUCUGGCGUUUGGUGGGGAGUGGGGAUGGUGGAUGGGACGACGAUGGCAAGGCUUAUGAGCGGGUGAUACGGAAUGGGCAUUUUCCUCUAUAGACUCAUGUACGGCCGCACACGUCCUUCGACU